AACUGUCACGGAAUAAAAAAGGGUGUCCCUGAAAGAAAGAGAGAAGCAUUCGGAAGGAAGAAGGCGUAGUAGUGAGCAGCGAGUGGUCAAAUUGCGAAUCAGGGUUCGCCAAUUUUCAUUCUGAGAGACACGGAAUUUUCUUUCAAUUUUGAACUUCAAGUCAAGAUCUGACACCAUAGAAAAUGACCAUGGAUGUUAAUCAGUUGCGGGCCAAGCUGUGCGAACACCAAUCUGCCAUGUUUCAUCAGGGGUUCUUGGAUGAUCAAUUCAGCCAGCUUCAGAAUCUGCAGGAUGAGAGUACUCCAGAUUUUGUGCUGGAGGUUGUCACCAUGUUCUUUGAUGAUUCUGAGAAUCUCAUAAAAAACAUGGCACGUUGUUUAGAACAAGUGCCUGCUGAUUUCAAACAAAUAGAUGCUUAUGCCCAUCAGUACAAGGGAAGCAGUGCCAGUGUUGGUGCUGCAAGAGUUAAAAGUGUUUGCGCUAACUUCAGGCCUUUUUGUGAGACUAAGAACCUGGACGGGUGUAUGGAAUGUUUGCAACAAUUGCAACAUGAAUAUUCUCUGUUGAAAAACCAUCUUCAAUACUUAUUCAAGCUCCAGAAAGAUAUUAAAGCUGGUGGUGGUUCUUUCUCAUAAUAUUCAUAUAAUUGUCACAACAGAAGAAAAUAUAUUGAAGUGAAGUUUUUCUAUGAAGUUGGUUUCUUUUUUUUUUUUUUUUUCAUUUUCUGGGCUAUUCGUUAGCAAUUACAUCAAAAGUUUGAACCAUGAGAUACUGGUGAUAUGAAUAACAUUUCUUGUUUGUCUCAUAAUACACUAUACUAUUCAUCCCCAAUAAUAUGUGAGACCAAUUUUAAGUU